CUCUAAUCUAAGCAAAAGAAGGCAUGCGCCGCAGCAACAUCCAAGGCAGCGGGCUUCCCGCAUUUAAUUACGCAUUCACCCUUCACCGGUUAAGGCACCUGACGCAGCGCACUGCGCACGUGGCACGCCUCAGCAGCUCAGCCAGCACCGCCGACUCUCCGUGACGCCGUCUGCUCGCCGACUCGCCGGAGACGCAACCUAUGGCUUGAGUGUAGAGUGCUUGACUCAGUUGACUGGCGACAACUUCAUUUGAAUCUUCUUUGUUCAGUCUGUUGGACUCCAGAUUCCAGAAGCCGGCAGCUUCUAUUUCUCCUCACUUGGGUUUGCUUCAAGCCAAGGUAUGGGUUAAUUACUUUGUUUUUUGUUUUUACAAUUUUUAAAUUUAUUAAAUAUUUGAUUUGUUAAAUUAAUUUGUGUUACAGUGUUAGUGACUUUGUUGUCACAAUUGAUUUGUGUAAUUGUGUGCUUUGAAUUGUAAAAUAGAAAAUUAGGAAAUGUCAAAUGUUAUUUGUGAAUUUUGUUAAAAUAUUAAUAUUAAUUAUAUAAAUUAAAAUAAAACAUUGAUUAGUUUUUUAUUUUUUUGGUAAUUUUAGUAGGUGUGGCUACUCAAUCUACUUCCAAAUUAAAAGGAUAAAAAUCACACUGCGUUCGUUUUAUAAGCCUAGUACAAGCACACAAAGUAGACAAGAGUUAAAUGUCUCAAUUAAAACUCAUAAUAUCUCUUGUGUUCAAGAGGAAGUAGUUUUUGAUGCACUUGAAAUUAAGAGGGAUCCGGGAAAACGCAAAACGAUAAGGCCGUUAGAGAAAAGAGAUGAAAUAGACGAUCUUAUUUGUUGUUUGGACCUUAUCAACCGAAAUUGAACUUUUACAAAGACCAAGCUUACAAAGAUAGGAUACGUCGUUUUCAAGCCAAUUGGUUCAAUGAAUUUAAUUCGUUGGAAUACUCUCCAACAACACAUAACAACACAUAAGGCAUAUUGUUUUCCAUGCUUUCUCUUCAGUGAUGUUGUCCAUUCCUCUUGUGUUCAGUUAACAUUUUAGUUUCAAACAUUGUAUGUUUAUAAGGCACCAUAUUUAUAAUUUUUCAAUGCAACAUGAGUAAAUUUUUUGAUACACUUCCAAAUUGUUGGACUUUUGGUAACUGGUAUGCAAAAUUAGUUCAAAUCAUUUGGCUUUUGAAUAUUAGCUUCAAAAAUUAUUUAAUUCGAUUCAUUAGAAUUUCGAAUAUUAGUCUAAAAAAUUAAUUAGUUCACAUCAUUGGACAAUUGAAUAUUGAUUUGAAAAAUUAAUAAGUUCAAUUCAUUCUGCUUGGUAGGUUAAAUUUAAUUAGUUUACUUUUUUACAUAAAGCAAAGACUAUAGAGUAUGAAGUCAAAAGAAAUUGAAUUUCAAAAAAUCAAUUUGAAAAUUGGUAUUGAACAUGUCAUUAACCGACGCGAGCCAAUUUCGGUUAGAUAUCUAUGGCUCUUUUAAGAUAAUUAAAUUUUCGGUUUUGUAAUAUUUAUUAUUUUUUCUUUGACACUUCUAUAAAAUUAUAUAACUAAAUCUUGUAAUUGUAACAUUUUUUGCAAAAUAAAUUAUGUAUCGCUAAUUAAAAUUUGGCCCCAUCUCAACGCAAAUGCUACAUCCGCCCCUGUGAGUUAGUAUUUUGGCUCAAAAACAUAACUCAUGUAUAACGGAAAAAGAUAAGAAUUUUAUUCUCUUCUCAUUAAUAAGGUGAAAUCCCUCUCUGAAAUUGGAUUUCCUUGGACUUUAGGGUCAAAGUACAUUCCCCUUGUACCCUUGACCAGAUUUCAAGUACUCAGGUAUCACUCUUGGGAACCAGGUGAAGUAUACUACAACCUACCUUAUAUCCAUCUUUGUGCGUUUCCGGCUUGAGCUUUAAACUAAUGAAAUAAACAUAUCAUACUUAUAUAUUAGCAAUCCAUAGAACGCACUCUCAAAAUAUUUAAAAACAAAGAAAAUACACACAUCUGAGAAGCACAAAGUACAAAAGAAAUUGAGGUGAAGAGAAGAAGUGUAUUGGAAAAUCUUGAAAGACAGAAAUUGAGGUGAAAGAAGAAGUAUAUUGGAGAAGGCUUCUUGGUCCCUGCUUUGUUUACUUUUUUUGCUCUUUGGCGCAGCAAAUUUAGGUUGGCAAAAAAGAGGAGUUAUGGACUAUUUCUCUUAAGCCACUAUUUUGUUUUAAAAUUUUUCUUGACAUCAUUAUGGUGUAAUUUCUCUUGAAAAAGAUGGCCUACAAAUGCUACCGGCUACAUAUUCGUAACAGUCACAACCACCCAAGUAAAAGGCAACCCCAAAUUACAAUAUAAAAAUGCCACCAAGACUGCUGAAAAUGCCCUUCUCCCUUUCCCACUGCACCUUCCAGCACCAAAGUCUGCAACCAAAACUGUGUAGCUUAACACUAAAUGAUGACAUUAUGAUGUUCCAUACUUGUAUUCGUUCUACAUGUUGUAUAUAUAGAAAGCCUAGCAGAUACGAAUGGGUAGCUUGUUGAUGAAUUUUUCUGUACUCUGUCUCAUCUCAAUUCUCAAUAAAGAAGAUGAUUGUUCGAACUCUAUUCUUGAUUCGUUAGAAUUCCUACAGUUAUUUGAUAUAAUUUAUCGAUAUAUUCCUGGAAUUAUACCACGAUAUAUCAUUCUUGUUUUGUUGAAAUUCUUGUUAUUAUUAUUGUGUUUUAUUGUUAUCGUAUCAACACCCUUGCCAUUGUCAUUUUUGUUAUAGCUUUUUUCUAAAAAUAUAUUACAAAUAUAUUACAGUAAUAAAAAUUAUGAACGAAAAAAUAUGAUUAAAGUAACUGUAAAUAUAUUCUUACAUUCACUACGAUGAAAAUUUUAAAUGUAAUUAUAAUCACUAAAAGUUAUCAAGCCACAUUUUAAUUAUUGUCCUUAUUUUGAUCGUAUAUUAGGAUUAUUUGUUUAUAUUAAUAUAAAUAUUAUAUCACUAAACUACUUUUUUAGUUCUAGUUUUUGUGUAAUUCGUAAAUUUAUACUCCGUUUUUGUUAGAUUUAGGACUACACAUUUUCUUUUCUUUUUUUGUUAAAAAUGAGAAAAGAAUGAUGUUUUUGACUAACAUUGUUUAAUAUAUAUAUUAUAGGUAAAUAUUUAAAAUAGCUCUAGGAAAACUAGAACAAAGGAUAAAAAAUCAAAACGCGUUUUCAAGCCUAAGCCUAAGCCCUGCCUAAGUCGCCUAGGCUCCAAAGUCUUAAGGCUCGUUCGUCCCGUCUCGACACGCCUUACACCUUUUAGAACAUUGGGACAACAAUGUAGUGGCCUGCCUAAGUCACUACAUUUUAACUUUUGAACCGUUUGAAAAGUUUUUAAAAACUCAGAGUUGUAUAUAUUGUGCACAACAACUUUUAAGAGUGAAGUAUGUUUUUUUAGAUUAAUUCCCUUGAUAUGAUCAAAACAUUGAGGUUAAUUCCCUCGGUGCCGCCACGUUUUCCACUGCUGCCACCUCCUGCAACAAUUUUAUUCUUGAUAUUAACAAUGGCAUUAUCAUGUAAAAUAAUAAUAGCAUUAUCAUGUAAAAUUUUGGCAUUCACAAUACAAAAAUAUGUCAUUGGCAAACAUGGCAUUAGAAGUGAUAUUGUCAUCUUCAUAAAAUUACUGCCUUAAAAUGGCAUUUGGAUGUUAAAAACAUGACACUGUAAUUACAACAUUCCAAAAUAAAAUGGCAUAAAAAUGCCAUUAAUUUUCCAAGUCAAAAAUUCAUUUUGAAAAUCACGAAGCAAUAUCAAUGAUUUUUUUAAAUAAAUUAAAUGGAUUGAAAUUAAUUAAAAAGUCAGAUUUUAAAUUUUCCAAAAGCUAAAAAGCGCUUUUUAAAGCAAUCCCAAACACUCCUUAACUAUCCCCACCGGUGGGAUAGAUACAUUUCACUUCCCCGAACUCUUUGAACUAUAAAUUACUCAUUUUCCUUACUGUACCCUUUAUGAUAAAAUGCCCUCAAAGUCUGAAAAGACUGUAAGCGGGCCAACAUUUGAACACUGCUGGAGAUUAUUGGAUACGACUUUUCCACGCCUAAUGGAUAGGCGAGGCGUUUUAUUGGUGCCUCAUGCCUAGGCCCGCCUUUGUGGUGUCUAAAUCCGUUUUUUAGAACAUUGCUUAUACCUAUCAAAAAUGCACUAAGACUGAGAAGGUUAAAAAUGUGAGACAACACUUACCAAAAUUGUAAUGUUGCAAAAUUAAAAUAAAAAUCUUAAAAAGGAACAUACUUCGAAUAAACAAGGGGAAGUUCAAGUAAAAACAAGAAAAAACUAUAUACGAGUAUGUAAAAUUUCAAAAUAAGAGUACUUCAUUUUUCAAACAAAGUAGCUAGGAGAUAAGUACUCUUAUUUAUUAAUGAAUACAAAUGUAAUGCUCCUGAUUUAAAAUUCCUAAACGUUUUUAUCAUAUAAAUAGGGCAAUUUCUUAAUAAAAAUACGGAGCCACUAUCUAAUUUGAUGUGGUUUAUAUAAUACUCAAAGCACAAAGUAAAAUGUGAAAAUUACUAAAUUAGAAGUAAAAGUAAUGCUAAAUCUCAAAAUUUGAGUACUACUAACUACUACGUAUGUUUUUCCCUAAAUCAGAAUAAGUUAAUGUCAUUUUAAAAUUUUAUUAUCAUAUUUUUUGCGAAGAAAAUUUUACUAUCAUAUUUGGAUAUUGUCGACUUAUUUUUAAAUAUGAUGAUAUAUAGUCACAAUACUUGGCAAUAUAUUACAUGUAUGACAAUAAUUAUUCCUACUUGGUGAAUAAAAGUGUAAUUUUUCUACAAUGAAAUAUACUUGGUAUAAACGUUUUUACUUUAAUUUAGUCAAUUUCUUAAUGAAAAGGUCAAAACAUUGAAAUCUCCCACCGACAGACCUAAAUAAUCAAUUAUUGGCAAUACAAAUUGAGGGGUACGACAUCGGACCCAUUUGUGAAAUUGAAAAUAUUGGAUCGUGAUGUUUCAAUGGAUUGAAAGCAUUGGACCUUAUAUAGUAAUGUUUCGAUUCGAGUAGUCAUACAAAAAAUCUGCACAGAAAUGUACGUUCAUACGGUGGUGACAUAGGCAUGAGUGUGCUGAUGAUGAGUACACAAUGACCUUGUUUAGCAAUCCGUCAAUAGCGAUUACGUAUCUCUCAAUGACCGGUUAUGUUAGUUUAUUGUAAAUAAAUGUUUGAUACAAUUAGCGGUUAAAAAUACUAGUAGCUGUUAUGGAUAAAAUAGCAUAUAUUUAAGGACAUGAGUAUAUUAUUAGGUGUUUGCUUCGGUACCUUUGCAAUUUUAGAGGUACAGUACCGUUGCUUGAGUGGCCAAAUAAUAGAUAGACAAGUGGACAUAUACACCACAUAGAUAUAAUGACGAGGCAAUCAAUUUAAGAAAAAAAAAUUUUGCACUUUAGUCCUUAAACAGGACAGUAAACGGCAUCUUCAAUCCCUACCCGUUCCCUGCUCUCCACAGCAAUCAACGAAAGAAGUGCCUUGCCGCCGUUGGCGGUUUCCUACUCUCCACCGCAGGUCCCCAGCCAAAGAAGUACUUACCGGUUUCCUGCUCACCACCGCAACCACAGAAGAAAGAAGAAACGGCGUUUCCUUCUCUUCAUCGCAACCUAGGAGCACCCCGGCCGCUUUUACGGGCUUCACUUGUCAACGGACGUAGCCCAAUCAAUUGAGAAUUUCAACGUGUUUGAAGGAUUACUUUCUUGUAUUGUUUUUCCAUCUUGAAACAUGUGGUUACUUUGUUAGAAUGCACUGGGAAUUCAGAAAAUAAGAUAUAUCAUGCCAAUGAUAGAAGUUAAUUUAGUUUCUGAAGUAUUGAACUAAUGACUUGCUGCAGCUUCUCAUUUGUGAAGUUAUACAAAAUUCUUCAAAGUUUCAUGUUUGAAUGCUUUCUAUUGUCACUCUUAACUAGAUUUUUUUUAACAAAGUUACAACCUGAGAUCAAAUAGGAAUUAGUUUCAUGAUUAAUGGAAUAACCUUCAUGUAGCAUAGAAGAGCUAGUUGUCCUGAUAUCCAAAAGCUUGUGACCAAAAGGUGACCUUGAGGGCACAUUCCUAUACCAAGGGAUUGGUUCCUGCAAAUCUGCAAUGUAAGCACCAGCUCAUGUGUUUUAUCUCUACAAUUUGCUCAGACACCAUCACACCACAAUAAAUCAUUUGGCAUCAAAUUUUAUCUAUAUGGUCCUUUUCCAAGGAAACAAAAAAAGACAUAAACAUAUAUCAUAUUCGGUUCACAUAUGAACAAAAUUUGUCCUAAUAGGUUCACAGUAAAUAAAUUUUCUCUUGAUUGAUAUAAAGUACUGUUAUUCACUUAAGGUCAUGCACUCAUGUCUUUUGAUAUUACAUUUUUAUUCAUGGGAAAAAUCUCAUUAUAGUUGUAGUUUGCUCACAUGGUCUAAGGCAUUAAUUGAUAUAAAAAUAAAUCCAGAAAGUAUAGUUUGAUCUUACCUCUUUCUGUUUUUAAUUUCAGAUAUAUUAGGAAUAGUUACUCCUACAAGAGUGUGCAUCUGGAUUUGUAAUAUUUUGGUACAGCCUCAUAUAUAAUAUCAAAUAUCAAUACCAUUCAUCUCUGGAAUGUAAUGUUCUUUGUGGAUAUAUAGGUCACACAAAAAGUCCAUCCUUGUGGUAUUCCAAUUGAAAACACUAUCAUUUAAUAUCUGAAAUUUAUUGUUUUGUUUUGUUGCCAAGUUCAUUCUAUUAAAAAAGUUAAAAUAAAUAUUAUUUUCCUGUGAUGGAUGUUAUUUCCAGAAUGUUCAAAUGCUAUGAAUUGAUUUGUAUAUGUAUAGCCAAUCACAUUUCUUCUUCUUUUGAGAUUAAAUAUAAACAGUUCAAUAUAUCCGGAAGUCUGUGGGUUGUGUGGUGAGGGCGAAGAAUCGCUGCUGCACCUUUUUGUUCGUUGUCCUGUGGUUGUAGAUGCUUGGAAUUCGAUAGGUUGGGCAUCAAUUGGAUCAUGGGAAAGCACGUUUAUGUGAUGGCUGAAAUUAGUUUUUCAAAUCAAGCAAGAACCGGAACUUCAAUACAUUGCUUGGGGCUGCUGGGGGCUGGGGGAGAAAGAAAUGCUAGAGUCUGGCAAGGGAGGGAGCUAGGUGCAGCUACUGUUAUGUUGGCAGCAAGGAAUUAUGUGGAUGCUUGACUCCAGGUUCAACAGCAAGGCAUAUUGCAGGGAGCAGGGGGGAAUGCCUCGGUCCCAGAUUUGGCAUCUUCCGGCUUCGGGGUGGUUCAAGCUCAACGUGGAUGCGGCAAGAGAUGAUGCUGGCAGCGGUUUGGGUUGGGUUGUUCGGAAUGAUUUGGGUGAUUUUGUUGCAGAGGGUAUCAAACCAGGAGGAGGUAGGUGCUCUCCGUCGGAAGCUGAGCUUUUAAGCAUUAGAGAAGCCCUUAGUUGGUUAAAAGAUCGAGAGUGGGACUUUGUGGAAGUUGAAUUGGAUUCCUUACCUGCUAUUAACGAAAUCAGGAACGAAUCAAGCAUCUCGACUGUGGGUAUUUUAGCAGAGGAUAUUCGGGUUAUUAGCAUCCAGUUCACUAAAACUGCUUUUAAAUUUAUUUGACAAUCAGCGAACAAAGUUGCUCAUGAGUUGACUAGAGUAGCUUGUUCUUUGUCUAAUACUCUAAUAGUCAUUCUUGGAUAGGGGUUCCUCCUAACUGUAUUUUGGAUGCUUUGUCUUUUGAUCUGAUUAAUGCUAAUUAAUUUGAUUCUUUCCAAACAAA